CGGGUAAAGCGUGCUAUUGGCCGAUUCCAUCACAUUCGCCGUUGCCAUGGCGCUGCACAGAACGCGGGCCAUGCUACCGACGCUGCUGGCAAUGGUGGUGGCGCUCGCCGCUGCCGACGUCGUGACGCUGCAUGUCCCCAGUGGCAGCGUCUACGGCUUUGUCAACGACCACAUCAAUGCAUCCAUCUGGUCGCCGGCGAACGUGACCAACGACCUCCUCAUCGCGCUCUCGCUGUCGGCCAACGACACGCGCGCGAUGCCAACGAUCGCACCGUCGCCACUGGUGCUGCGGACAGGCCAAACGAACGUCAACUUUACCAUCACGGGCGCGUUGCCCGGGCGGUACCCACUGAGCUACAAGCUCGUGUCGCUUGUCUCGGGCAACACAACGUACGAGCUCAGCGCCGAAACGCUCGUCGUAUUCAUCGUCAACGACCAGUGGCAGAGCACGCUAUCGCAGUUUGGCAUCAACGUAGCCCUCGUGGUCGCUGGCGUCGGUAUUUUCCUCUGGCGGCGCGGUGCGAAGCGCGACUUGUGGUUUUGGGGCGCCCCGAUCGAAGGCGUCUUUGAGCCUGAUCCGUUCCGAAGCGACGAGGCCAUGCCGUCGCCGCUGGCGGCGCCCACGUGGCAGGAGCGCGGACGCCGAUUCUGGCGCCUCGAUUGCGAUGACGCGUACAUUGUCGACGCGUGCGGCGUCGACGCCGCGCUCUUCUUGCGCUUCAACCUCGACGCAGCCAAGCUCUUUAGCGCACUCACAAUCUUGAGCUGCGCGCUCCUCUUGCCGAUCAAUUUUGUAUCGGGCGACGGGCCGACAACGUCGUCGCAGCAAGCCACGAUCGCCAACGUGCCAGUGCAAAGCCCGUACUUUUGGGGCCAUGUCGUCAUGUGCUACCUCACGGCCGGCGCCGUCCUCUUCUUUGUGUUUCGGCAGAACCGCCGGCUCGAGUACUUACACAUGAACGACACGACGCUGAUCGGCCCCCGCAGCGUCUUUAUCCAAGCCGGUUUGCCACUGGACGUGACGCGCCAUGAGCUGCGGCAGUGGUUUCUUGCUGAUUACCCAGAGGACAUCGAUCAAGUCACCGUUGUCGCCGAUCUCAGCAAGGUGUAUACCGUCUUGGGACAGCGCAUGAACUGGCGCAACGACCUCCAGCGCCUCGAAGCCAUCUACAUGUCGCCGUCGUUGACGCUCUCGCCUUGGCUGCGCUACUGCCCUGGCGGCGCAUGCUGCCCGUCGCCAACAGACAUUUGGUUUGACUACCUUGCGCGCCGGCCGUGUCGCUCCCGUCGGGAUGCCGCCUCGCGACCGCUGCAAGAGCCGCUGCUCUCCGACAGCGGUGGCUCGCCCAAGGCUGACGUCAUCGGCGACGAUGAGGCGAAUGAGAUGGUGCCGCCUCGUAUUUUGGCCAAAGUCACUGCGUUGCGCGCCCAGCUCGCCGCCGUCCCCGAGGACAUUUUAAACAGCUAUGCACGCCGCACGGGCACGGGCGCGGCGUUUGUCGUCUUCAACUCGAACCGCGCCCGCGAUCAAUUUCUGGACCGGUUUCGACAGACACAAGCACCCUUAUCGCAGUGUGUGGCGUCGACCGCCGCGACCUUGUGCCGCCGCCGGCCGCGCCGCGCCACCGUCGACUCGUCCGGCCCGUCCCGCUUGGCCCGGCACCUGACUGACCUUGUGGUGCAUCCUGCGCCCGAGCCGCACGAUCUCAAGUGGUCUAAAAUGACGUAUCGUCCACAGUCCCUCCGUCGUUUCUGCCAGUUUGGCUUGUACCAUGCGCUCACGGUGGUGCUGCUAUUGCUCUUCUCGACGCCGGCGUCGGUGCUGCUCUACUUCAACCUGCAGCCAGGCAGCGACGUGUAUGCACGGGUCCUGACGCCCGACUCGCUCUUUGCCGGGUUUCUCCAUACGUACUUGCCGACGCUCUUCCUGGUGUGCGUCAACUGGGUCUUGCUCACGGUGCUCUUUUACGUGUCGUUUCUCGAACCGUGGUUCACCGAGUCGCGCCGCAUGCGCAGCUUUCUCUCCAAAGGCUUUGCCUACCUCUUUCUCAGUUCGAUUUUGUUUCCAUCGAUCGGCGUUACGGCUGUGUACGCCGCGACAAAGUCUUCGUCGCAGGUGGCGUUUGGUGGCACGUCGUCCCGGGAAGUCAAGUACGUCAACGAUUUUCUGUACAAGCUGUGCAGCAAUUUCUUUGUCGGCUACAUUCUGCAACUCACCUGCCUCGGGUCGCUCACGCAGCUGCUUCGUAUCGGCGAAAAAUUGUUUUAUCAGCCAUGGGUUAUUUCCCGAGCGGUCACCACGGAUGAGGUCCACGCCGCGCGCGAGCCAUGGCCUUUUUACUUUGGCUACGACUAUGCCGUUCUACUGAGCGUCUUUACGAUUGGGCUCCUGGGCUCGGUGCUGUCGCCGUACCUCGUGCCAUGCGCGGCCGUCUUCUUCUUUGCCAAGUACUAUGUCUCCAAGUACAAUUUUGUAUACGUGCAUCCCACGACGCCGGGCCGCGGCAACGUUGCUCGCGCUGCGUACUCGCUCGCCCUCGUCUGCCUCCUCCUCUUUGAACUGGCGAUGACGAGCAUUCUGUCGCAAGUCGGCAACGCCAACCAAUGGCUGGCACUCGUGCUGUUGACGUGCGCCACACUCGGUGUCUUUGUCUACUGGCGCGUCGUGGUGUACCGCGCCCUCGAGACAGAGACGAGUCCGAGUCGAGUUGACGUGGAGGCGCCAACGACGCAGCUGCGGCGGCAGCAGUCGAUGGAGCUCUCACGCGCGCUGUUUCACGCGCACAGCUUGAGCGAGAUGGAAGCCCUCGUACACGCUCGCCCAACGCAAGCGUACAUCAACCCGUACGACGUCGGCCUCCACAUGCUCUCGGUGCUGCACCGGAUCCAAGCACUGCGAACCGCCAAGCUGCGCGACGCCUUUAACCGGUUGAGGCAGCAGCCAGAGGGUUCGCCUUCGGUGGCAACGACGGCCGCGACAAAUGAUCUCUCCGAAAAUCUACUGUCGUAAAUACAAGCGCAUCGUACUUUUGGCGGUCGCCAUGGCGAGCACCUCG